UUUAUUUUGCGUCGCAUUCUCUCGCUAGUUCACUGCUAUUGUUUACAUGCGCGGCGCCGGACCGGCAGGCAGAAGGCGAGCACGAUGGCGGACGCAAGCAACGGACACGAGGAGUUCUCGCCGUAUUUUUCAUCUUUAGAUAACGUUUCACAAGAUCGUUAUAAGAGUAAGUUGAUGGUUGAUGGUAUCCGGUUGCCAGAUCCACACAGCAAAAGUCUGCAGGGAUGGAGCGAGUCUGUGAAAUGCUGGCCGACUGUUCCUUACGGCAACAUUUACAGCUACCUUAUCGACGCGCCAGGCCAGUACACGCGAGAGAGCAUGGAAGCCGUUAAAUCACUGGACGGCUACAAUUAUUUCAUCUCGGGACAUGUUCAGACGUGUUUGUGUAACCUGCUGGAGAAGGACACGGCUGUGUGCUUUGUGAAAGCAAAGGUAUCCACGUCCCUGCGGGACAGCGACCAGCCGCAUGAGCCGUGGGUGUGCCUGAACAAGGAGCAGGGACACGUUGUAGCUGCACACUGCACAUGUAAAGCUGGUUUGGGAGAGGCAUGCAGUCAUAUUGCUGCUCUCUUGUUCAAAGUUGAAGCAGUGGGCAGAUUCGGCCUCAACCAGGAAUCAAAGGAAAGGGUUGCCUGCGCCUGGAACAAGUCUUACCAGAAAACGGUCACAGCGCAGCGAAUUGUGGACAUUGAUUUCACCAACGACAAUAAUGGCAAGACCGCCAAGUGGAAGGUCAACAAACAGAGACGCGUAGAAGUGCCCGGUCUGGACGAGUCUGAACAACAGAGGGCCCUGGAAGCUCUUCGAAGAAUCUGUCCCACGGCUGGAUGUCUCAUGAAAGCGGAGUCGGACACGGACACGGUCACCGCCUCAGAAGAUGAAGACAUGCCACCAGCUCCACGCAUCAUCCAUGGUCUCCAAAGGGUUUUCUGUCAUCUCUAAAGAUAAAGAGAAAUGCUAUAUUUCUGUAGUUGUAAGUUUUGGAGUUUAUUUUUGACGAGAUAAACUGUCCAGCUUUAUUUGCCGGAGCACCCAUAUCUUUAAACUUGUAAUCCUGCCUCCGAUUGAGGACUUGGCUAAGGUUGGGCAAGAACCUAUUUUGUCGAAGCCAUUUCCUGACUUAUGGUGAUAAACAAACACCUGUUAUUCAGAAGGCUAUGCUCUCAUUGUUUUAUGAAAUGUUUAUUUCAGGAUCGGGAGAGAUCUGCAAACUCAAAUAAGGACUAAAACACUGUUUCUGUUAGAAGAAUAUAAGGCCCACAUUUAUUACUCCCCACAGAACACAGCAACACAAAACAGCAAGCACUUCGCACACGCAAAGUAGCAAGCACUUAAAGCCGACAAGCUUUCAAACAGGCG